AAAGACGAUCACGUCCAUCACCCUCUCUCCCGAGUACUGCAUCACCCCAAACACCAAGAUGUUUCUCCCCCCCAAACACAUCCUUCCCCUCCUCACCACGCUCACCACGCUCACAACCCUAACCACCGCGUCCCCGGACCAAAAGCCCGCCUACCGAAUCACCUCGCCCGCGGCCUCGGCGAUCCUGACCCCCAACACCCCCAGCGUGAUCUCGUGGUCCACCACGCAACGCAGCUCAGCCAAACUCUCCAUCCACCUCGAAACCACCACCAACCACACAAACCUCUACACCAUCGCCACCAACAUCACCAACUCGGGGUCCAUCUCCUGGUCCCCGCCCGCCCGCAUCCCGCCGGGCGAGGAAUACAUCAUCGUCCUCGACCCGACCACGCCCCCGGACAACGAUACCAACACCACCAACACCACUUCUACCUCAAACACCACCCAAGAAGAAAAAGCAACCUACAAGUCCCCGGCCUUCACCAUCACCGCCCCCAAGCCCUCGUCCAACAACUCCACCUCCACAGCAACAAACUCCACCAACCCCUCAGAAACAACAACCUACUACCCAACCGAGAACCAGGCCAUCGCCCGCGGCAAAACCACCAUCGUGACGUGGCCCGUCGCGCAGGACCAGAGAUCCGGGCACGUCAGCGUCUACCUCAUGGAGGGGAGGGAGACGGGGUCCACCACCGCCAAGAAUGUCUCGACGGUGGCGACGCACGUGGCCAACUCGGGGAGUCUGGCGUGCGUGCUGCCGGGGAACCUGACGCUGGCGGAGGAUUAUCGUUUUGCGGUAGUCGGGGUGGACGGUGGGGAGGAGGUGAGGUACUCGGCGAUGUUUCGGGUGGUGGAUGGGGAUGAUGAUGAAGAGGAUAGUGGGAGGGAUGAGGUGGAGGAUGUGCAGGAGAAGAAUGACGAGAAGGAGGAUAGGAGUGAGGCUCAUGCUGCGGAGACGAGCGCUACGCCUACGGAGAGUGGGCUGGCCAGUGGUUCGACGGGGGCGUUGAAGUCGGAUUCGACGUGGAUUGUGACUGCGGGGGGAGCGAGGGUGGUGACUGGUGGCGGGUGGGUUGCGCUUGGGAUGGUGGUGGCUGCGUUGCUGGUUUAG